GGAGGUUGUACUUCGAACGGGAGGGUAAGUAUCCCACACAACAGCGUAAGUAUUCCGAAAGGGAACUUUUAUGCGAAAGCAAAGAAGACCCAGACGUAACGUUAACAGCUGAUGCAUCUUCUACAGAUAAACCUACACCACUGUAAAGAAGCCUGCCUUGCCCUCCUGGAUCGUCUGGCAGAAGAUCAGCCGGAUGUAGUCCUCAUCCGGGAACCCUGGGUACGGAAUGGCGAAAUCUGCGGUCUGAGGACAUCAGGUUAUAAAGUAUACAAGACCAAUCGUGAAGAUACCACGACGGUUAGCUGGGAAGUGAGCGGAAGCAACACCUGGCUAACCUCGUUCUAUUUUGCCGGAGACGACACAGGUCCACUGCCGUCGCCGCUAAUAAGAAGCCUUGUUGAAGACUGCAAAGCUCACAACCGCAAACUAGUACUAGGAGGUGAUCAGCACGUGCUUCUAUCCGCCAUUAAAGUCACUAGUUGA